UUUUUCCCGAGUUCCCAGUUGUCUUGAAAGCACCAUUAAUACUAACUUUAUUGUUCCCAAGCAGGAAGACAUUGCACCAACACAGGUUGACGUGUCAGGAAACAGUCGGGGCUAAAUAAGCAGUUGGGAAACAAGUCUGCGAAAAUAAUAGUUUUAACGAAGUUUUGUAUAUCUUCAGAGUGAAUGUGAUACAUCCAUAUAUAGUUAUCGUUGCUUUCCUAUGAUGUUGACCAAAUUCGAGACGAAGUCGGCCCGUGUGAAAGGUAAUGUUAGCAGCCUGUUAGCUAGCUAAUGAUGUUGCCCAUGUAAUAUGUUGUCUUUCUUUAGUCGUUGUAAAUUGACAAGAGGUAUUUAUUGAUACGAUUAGCAAUGUCAUGUCACAUUUUAGAAAAAUCUUUCAUGACUUAGUUACGACCAAGGAAACGUAUGCUAUUUUAGCUAAUGUUAACUAGCUAGCCAGUUAAUGUUAGCAAGAUUUAGUUAGCAAGCUAGCUAGCCAGUCAUCCACGUAUUUUAACACUUUCAGCUCAUAUCUACAUUUACAUUUACGUCAUUUAACAGACGCAAUCUCAAAUCCAUGCAAUGAAUAUAAAUGCAUGUGAUCUGCAUGUUUAUCAUUGAUGGUUUACUUGAUGACAAUUUUGCCAUUCAUUGGUGUCUAUAGACAUAGACCGUGUAACUAAUUAGUAAGCCAACUUUCUAAAACCAUUUCUCAUCCGUAGGGCUGAGUUUCCACCCUAAGCGGCCCUGGAUCCUUGCUAGUCUUCACAAUGGAGUCAUCCAGCUUUGGGACUAUCGGAUGUGCACACUGAUUGACAAGUUCGAUGAGCAUGAUGGUAAAAAUGAGUUUUUCACAUUUCUAAACAUGAAAAUGUAAUCGACUUUGAUUGGUUAUUGAUGAUGAGGGCUCCCGAGUGGCGCAGCAGUCUAAGGCACUGCAUCUCAGUGCUUGAGGCGUCACUACAGACCCCCUGGUUCGAUUCCAGGCUGUAUCACAACCGGCCGUGAUUGGAAGUCCCAUAGGGCGGUGCACAAUUGGCCCAGCGUCGUCCGGGUUUGGCCGGUGUAGGCCUUCAUUGUAAAUAAGAAUUUGUUCUUAACUGACUUGCCUAGUUAAAUAAAGGUAAAAUAAAUACAAAUGAUUAUGUUUGGUUUUAUUGUGAAGGACCUGUCAGAGGAAUUGAUUUCCACAAGCAACAGCCUCUGUUUGUGUCUGGAGGAGAUGACUACAAAAUCAAGGUUAGACAUUCAUACACCCUCACAUUCUCCUUCAUACAUGUUUCCAUUGCAGAGAAUACAUUCUAAAACAUACAGGAAAACUGUGAUUAUGAUGUCACUGCACCAUUUACUAUUUAUCUCCCUUUACUAGGUGUGGAACUACAAGUUGCGGCGUUGCCUCUUCACUCUUCUUGGACACCUGGACUACAUCCGCACCACCUUCUUCCAUCAUGUGAGUUCUUCUUAUUUUUACACUCAAAAUGGCUAGCCUACAUCAAUUCUGUUGUCACUUACAUGAUGACCCAGCCUUUGAAUGUCAUGUUUUUCCUGUAGUUUCAUGUUCUGGCAUAUAAUCCCAUAUACAGUGCCUUUGGAAAGUAUUCAGACCUCUUGACUUUUACCACAUUUUGCUACUUUACAGCCUUAUUCUAAAAUGGAUUAAAUGUAAAAAAUAAAAUAUAUAAAAAUACCCCAAAAUGACAAAGCGAAAACAGGUUGUAGACAUUUUUGCAAAUGUAUUUUUUUUAAAUAAUAAAAAAAUGCCUUAUUUACAUAAGUAUUCAGACCCUUUGCUAUGAGACUUGAAAUUGAGCUCAGGUGCAUCCUGUUUCCAUUGAUCAUCCUUGACGUGUUUCUACAACUUGAUUGGAGUCCACCUGUGGUAAAUUCAAUUGAAUGGACAUGAUUUGGAAAGGCACACAGCUGUCUAUAUAAGGUCCCACAGUUGACAGUGCAUGUCAGAGCAAAAACCAAGCCAUGAGGUUGAAGGAAUUGUCCGUAGAGCUCCGAGACAGGAUUGUGUGGAGGCACAGAUCUGGGGAAGGGUACCAAAACAUUUCUGCAGCAUUGAAGGUCCCCAAGAACACAGUGGCCUGCAUCAUUCUUAAAUGGAAGAAGUUUGGAACCACCAAGACUCUUCCUAGAGCUGGCCGCCCGGCCAAACUGAGCAAUCAGGGGAGAAGGGCCUUGAUCAGGGAAGUGACCAAGAACCCAAUUGUCACGCUGACGGCGCUCUAGAGUUCCUCGGUGGAGAUGGGAGAACCUUCCAGAAGGACAACCAUCUCUGCAGCACUCCACCAAUCAGGCCUUUAUGGUAAAGUGGCCAGACGGAGGCCAGACGGAAGCCACUCCUCAGUAAAAGGCACAAGACAGCCCACUUGGAGUUUGCCAAAAGGCACCUAAGGACUCUGACCAUGAGAAACAAGAUUCUCUGGUCUGAUGAAACCAAGAUUGAACUCUUUGGCCUGAAUGCCAAGCGUCACAUCUGGAGGAAACCUGGCACCAUCCCUACGGUGAAGCAUGGCGGUGGCAUCAUCAUGCUGUGGGGGUGUUUUUCAGUGGCAGGGACUGGGAGAGUAGUCAGGAUCGAGGCAAAGAUUAACAUUGACUCUGUACCGGUACCUUGUGUAUAUAGCCUCCCUACUGUUAUUUUAUUUUACUGCUGCUCUUUAAUUAUUUGUUUUUAAAUUUUUUGGUUAAUGGCUUGUAAGUAAGCAUUUCACUGUAAGGUCUACACCUGUUUCUUUUCGGCGCAUGUGGCAAAUACAAUUUGAUUUGUAGCAUCAUACCCAAAAAGACUAGAGGCUGUAAUUAUUGCAAAAGGUGCUUCAACAAAGUAGUGAGUAAAGGGUCUGAAUACUUAUGUAAAUGUCAUAUUUCCGUGUUUAAUAUUUAAUAAAUUGGCAAACAUUUCUAAAAACCUGUUUUUGCUUUGUCAUUAUGGGGUAUUGUGUGUAGAUUGAUGAAGGAAAAAAACAAACAAUUUAAUACAUUUUAGAAUAAGGCUGUAACCUAACAAAGUGGGAAAAGUCAAGGGGUCUGAAUACUUUCCGAAGGCACUGUAGGCCUAAUAACGCGUCAUGAAACUCAUUGCUUUCCUUUCUCUAGGAGUAUCCAUGGAUUUUGAGUGCCUCAGAUGACCAGACCAUCCGCAUCUGGAACUGGCAGUCCAGGACCUGCGUCUGGUAAGUCAGUACCUGAGCCAAGUGUUGGCACCUCACACAAACACUUGCAUGUGUCUAUUGUUUUUCUAAUUGUAAAUUCUGAUAUAAUUUCUGUGUUUCUCUCCUGCAGUGUCCUGACAGGGCAUAAUCAUUAUGUGAUGUGUGCUCAGUUCCACCCCUCUGAGGACCUGGUGGUGUCGGCCAGCCUGGACCAGACCGUGCGCGUGUGGGAUAUCUCCGGUGAGGGCGUGGGGAUGGGACUCAGGAUUGAGGGUGGGCGGUGAGGUUUGGGGAUGGGGCUGGGUGGUAUGGAGUGGAAGGCGGGGACAAAACACGUCCUUAACCCCUCCUUCCUCUCCUCCUUGUAGAGAAUUAAUCUCUGUGGGCUUUUUGCAGAAACACCUCUCUCCUUAGUUGAGAUGGACAGUUGAAUAGAGUGAAAAUGAUAGUUUUAGAAAGCGUAGGUAUGAACAGAACUAAAGACCUUUCACUGAAGAUUUGUAGAGGUGGUUAAAUGAGGUAAGAAAUGUAACACUUUGUUAGAUGAUGUGAGAAAGACGGAGAGCGAGAUUAUGGGAGAGGUGUUUCUGUGCUUCUGCAUGUUUUAAUAUCUACUUUUCUUUGAUGGUGUUUCUUGCCUGUCUUUCCAUCAUUCUUUUACUCUUCUCAUUCACUAACCCAUUUUAGGUCUAAGUGGCCUACCUCAUUCUCAACACACUACACAUAAUCCUGUUCCUGCCACCUUUUUUUCAUCAGUGUUGGCAUGCAUGGCUUCAAUGACAACUCCCUGCCAUCUGCAGUGUUCCUAUUGUAUGCCCCAUAUCUGCUCAGAUACAUCACUCACACUCCUGUGCAGCUGGGAGGUGUGAAAUUCCCUAAUUUAUUCUCACUGUUCUGUGUGCUUUGUCAGUGUGCAUUAAUUCCCCCAGAUUACAUGAUAGCCAGCCACUGUCGCCAGCACCCCUCAACUACCCCAAGUAAACUGUAUUAGCCAUCAGCUCUGUGCUACCACUCACUACUAACUGCUCUCAUUGAUGAGAAGAACCCAUCCUUCGUAAACGUACCAAUUGUUAUUAUUACCCUUCACAAAUUAAGCAAUAAGGCCCGAGGGGGUGUGGUAUAUAGCAAUAUACCACAGCUAAGGGCUGUUCUUAUGCAUGACGCAACGCCAUUAGAGUGGUAUAUAGGCCAAAUACCACAAACCCCAGAGGUGCCUUACUGCUAUUAUAAACUAGUUACCAAUGUAAUUAGAGCAGUAAAAAUAUGUUUUGUCAUACCCGUGGUAUACUGUAUGAUAUACAACGGCUGUCAGCCAAUCAGCAUUCAGGGCUCAAACUACCCAGUUUAUAAUAAGUAAUAAACAUGCACGAUAUAAUGCUCCACCUGCGCAGCGCACAAUGUCUCCAUGUCACAGUCAGUAAUACUAUAAGUAGCCGCAGACUUGAUCAAUAUCAUCUUUGCAUUUCCUGACCAAUGCUUUAGAUUACAUUGACUGGUAAAUUAUAAGCUUGUUGGUCAGGAAGCAUGAACUCGUGGCAUGACACAAACCUUGCAGCAGUAAGAUGUUUUGUUUGUAGCAGUAUCUAACCUAACCCAAGCAUGGACUCUCCAAAAUACUACUCACCCUCCUGACAUUCAACGCUCCAUCAGAGCACCUCUUUACAACCCCAACCACCACCUCCACCAGCCCAUCGGCCAAAUCCACCUCUUCCCACUUCCACCUGUGUCAUCUGUCCCCAUGCUCCCACAGGAAACAUCCACACCUGCACAUGGGUUCCUAGUGCAGUUCUCCUUCAUGAAUCCUCUUCUUGAUCCUGUUGGGUUAUCUGUUCACCAUGUGAUUUCUCUGUGCUGGAGACAGUGACGCAGACAGUUCUCUCUAGAUUAAGUGUGUGUUCUGACUCGAGUCCUGGGUGUCAUCUCUUUGUGAUUGCUUAACUUAGGGCUGUCCCCCAAAAAAAUCUUGGUCCACCGAAAGUCGUCUGUUCUUUCGACCAAUUGAUUGGUCGAAAUUUUAAUUAAUGUAUUUUUCCGUAUAUAGACACACCCUGUGUUUUUUUAAUUAAAUCAACUAUAUAUCCAUUGAGCUUGUCUGAUGCGUUAAGCUCACUGUUCGAUAAAAUAAGACACAUGACUCGGGAGCCAGAGAUCAAGAAACCAGAAGGAAAACAUUUAUUACCUGUCCUGAACAUCCUCCUCCCGCUCCUGCUGGCUUUUGCAGAUUCUGCCGUUACACUCCAGAGGUUGCCGGUAAUAGGCUACACGAGGAGACUGCAAACUUUCUCAUGUAGAAUGCCAAUUUAUCUGACCAUUUCUACCAAUCUGUGUGACAGUUAUGGCUUUCAUAUACACUUUUUCGUGGAACAGUUUCUUUUAUAAUAACGUCUUCGUAUCUGUCUUUGUCAUGUGGUUAAUCAAAAUGCUAUCCAAAUCUAAAUGACAAACCUAAAAAGUAACUUCUAUUGCCAUUCCCAACUAUGUAAAAAUAGCCUAUAAAGCCAACAAAACAUUGCAGGUAGAAAAUAUCCUGAUAAAAAGAAAGCUCCUAUAAAUCACAUUGGCUACGCAUGGCCUGUCUGCAACGAACUUGAAACAUUGUAUUAACUUAACUUGGGUCCAGCCUGAAGCUCCUUGCAACAUUGUAUAACAUAUUCUGGGCACUCAGAGCCCUCAGACACAGUUGUAGGCUAUUUGUGCAAGGGAUAAGAAGUAAUCAGGUAGGCAAUUUUAUGACGUUUCCACUGGAUUAGAGCAUUACAUUUUCCCUUUCACGCUGAGUGGUUAUCGAAAGGGAGAGAGCUGGGAAAAAAAUAAAAUGUAAUCAAAUACAUUGAGGAUUUAUUGUCAUUCUCAAUGGAUGUAAAAACUGACUUUGUUUGAGGUGAAGAAAACCAUUACUUUGAGAAGCUCCACAGCUCAUUAGUGGUGGUGCAUUAAGCCAAUCAGAAAUACUAUCAGAUCCCCAAAUGGGCACAUUUACACUGAACAAAAAUAUAAACGCAACAGGUCCCAUGUUUCAUGAGCUGAAAUAAAAAAUCCCAGAAAUGUUCCAUACGCACAAAAAGCUUAUCUCUCUCUCAUUUUGUGCACACAUUUGUUUACAUCCCUGUUAGUGAGCAUAUCUUUGCCAAGAUAAUCCAUCCACCUGACAGGUGUGGCAUAUCAAGAAGCUGAUUAAACAGCAUGAUCAUUACACAGUUGCACCUUGUGCUGGGGACAAUAAAAUGUGCUGUUUUUUUGUCACACAACACAAUGCCACAGUAGUCUCAAGUUUUGAGGAAGCGUGCAAUUGGCAUGCUGACUGCGGGAAUGUCCACCAGAGCUGUUGCCAGAGAAUUUAAUGUUAAUUUCUCUACCAUAAACUGCCUCCGUUUUAGAGAAUUUGGCAGUACGUCCAACCGGCCUCACAACCGCAGACCACGUGUAACCACGCCAGCCCAGGACCUCCACCUCUGGCUUCUUCAGCUGCGGGAUUGUCUGAUGGGGUGCUGAGGACUAUUUGUCUGUAUUAAAGCCCUUUUGUGGGGGAAAACUUAUUGGCCUGGGCCUGGCUCGCCAGUGGGUGGGUCAGACUGCCAAGUGGGUGCGCCUGUGCUCCCCAAGGCCCACCCAUGGCUGCACCCCUGCCCAGUCAUGUGAAAUCCAUAGAUUAGGGCCUAAUGAAUUUUAUUCAAUUGACAUUUCCUUAUAUGAACUGUAAUAUUUGUUUUCAGUAUAUAUGCCUACAUUUGCAAGCAGGCCAGGUAGCCUAUACGUCUAUGCGUAAUCAGGUGCGCGUCCUUACCCAACAUUGACAGGAGCGCUCCAAACAAAAGACAAUGACUAAAUUGACAAAACUCUUAAAUGGAAGAAAUAAACCAAAACUUGUGUGCGCUUUGCAAACAACGUCCACUCCGACAAUGAGAUCGGUACAAGACUGGAAUAAUAAUAAUAAUAUAUUGAAUGCAUUAACAUACAUUACCAUAACCAACAGACAUUACCAUAACCAACAAACAUUGUAGAUUAGAAAUUAUAGGCAUGAAUGGUAAAUGUACUACUGGUGAUAUACACUACCGUUCAAAAGUUUGGGGUCACUUAGAAAUGUCCUUGUUUUCCAUGAAAACAUGCAUGAAAUGAGUUUGAAUAGGAAAUAUAGCAAAAUUAAUAGGAAAUGUAGUCAUUGACAAGGUUAGAAAUAAUGAUUUUUAAUAGAAAUAAUAAUUGUGUCCUUCAAACUUUGCUUUCGUCAAAGAAUCAUCCAUUUGCAGCAAUUACAGCCUUGCAGACCUUUGGCAUUCUAGUUGUCAAUUUGUUGAGGUAAUCUGAAGAGAUUUCACCCCAUGCUUCCUGAAGCACCUCCCACAAGUUGGAUUGGCUUGAUGGGCACUUCUUAUGCUCCCACAACAGCUCAAUAGGGUUGAGAUCCGGUGACUGUGCUGGCCACUCCAUUAUAGACACUACCAGCUGACUGCUUCUUCCCUAAAUAGUUAUUGCGUAGUUUGGAGCUGUGCUUUGGGUCAUUGUCCUGUUGUAGGAGGAAAUUGGCUCCAAUCAAGUGCCGUCCACAGGGUAUGGCAUGGCGUUGCAAAAUGGAGUGAUAGCCUUCCUUCUUCAAGAUCCCGUUUACCCUGUACAAAUCUCCCACUUUACCACCACCAAAGCACCCCCAGAUCAUCACAUUGCCUCCACCAUGCUUGACAGAUAGCAUCAAGCACUCCUCCAGCAUCUUUUCAUUUGGUAUGCGUCUCACAAAUGUUCUUCUUUGUGAUCCGAACACCUCAAACUUAAAUUCGUCUGUCCAUAACACUUUUUCCCAAUCUUCCUCUGUCCAGUGUCUGUGUUCUUUUGCCCAUCUUAAUUGUUUCUUUUUAUUGGCCAGUCUGAGAGAUGCCUUUUUCUUUGCAACUCUGCCUAGAAGGUCAGCAUCCAGGAGUCGCCUCUUCACUGUUGACGUUGAGACUGGUGUUUUGCGGGUAGUAUUUAAUGAAGCUGCCAGUUGAGGACCUGUGAGGCGUCUGUUUCUCAAACUAGACACUAAUGUAUUUGUCCUCUUGCUCAGUUGUGCACCGGGGCCUCCCACUCCUCUUUCUAUUCUGGUUAGAGCCAGUUUGCGCUGUUCUGUGAAGGGAGUAGUACACAGCGUUGUACGAGAUCUUCAGUUUCUUGGCAAUUUCUCGCAUGGAAUAGCCUUCAUUUCUCAGAACAAGAAUAGACUGACGAGUUUCAGAAGAAAGUUAUUUGUUUCUGGCCAUUUUGAUCCUGUAAUCGAACCCACAAUUGCUGAUGCUCCAGAUACUCAACUAGUCUCAAGAAGGCCAGUUUUAUUGCUUCUUUAAUCAGCACAACAGUUUUCAGCUGUGCUAACAUAAUUGCAUAAGUGUUUUCUAAUGAUCAAUUAGCCUUUUUAAAAUGAUAAACUUUGAUUAGCAAACACAACGUGCCAUUGGAGCACAGGACUGAUGGUUGCUGAUAAUGGGCCUCUGUACGCCUAUGUAGAUAUUCCAUAAAAAAUCUGCUGUUUCCAGUUACAAUAGCCAUUUACAACAUUAACAAUGUCUACACUGUAUUUCUGAUCAAUUUGAUAUUAUUUUAAUGGACAAACAAUUUGCUUUUCUUUCGAAAACAAGGCAAUUUCUAAGUGACCCCAAACCUUUGAACGGUAGUGUAUGUAAUGGGGAAUUGAUAGACACAAUCAAACGUAAACAAUUCACACUAUGAAGUUAUGAAACCAUGAACGUGCACAAAUGGGCGGGAGAGAGCGCAUUCUGGAGAGAGACUUGCAUUGUUCAGCCACACUCCCCUUGGACUGUGCCAUCCCCGCGGCCUUCGCAAUGUAUUAGUCUACUGCUUGACUUUUUUAUUUAUUGCCGGCCAACAGCCUAUCGACCAAACAAUCGACUAGUCGAAUAAUUGGGGUCAGCCCUAGAUUAACUGUAAUCCAAUGACAGGGGAACUGUGAUGCUCUUUGUGUGUUGUUGAUUAAUUAACCCAAUCAACUCAAUGACUAUUUGAUGUGCUGAAUAUGGUGAUAGUGUUCCUCCUGUACUCGAGUUAGAACCACAGUGAGAACACCGGUUGUGUCGUUGCUCUUCAGUGCCUGUGUGUGUGUGUGUGUGUGUUUGGGAAUUCAACAGCUACGUAUGUGUGUUAGAGAUCUCUGAUGAUACUAUCUUUCCCUCUUGUUGAUGGUAUCUAUUUUAGUGUGUCUUAAUGUGUAUCAUGUUCCAUCUCCUUUCUCCCUCCCCUGUAUCUGGGUGCACCUGUGUAACAUAUAUAUGGAUUCCCCUUGUGUGUGGUGCUAUGCAUGUUGGUUCCAGGUCUGAGGAAGAAGAACCUCUCUCCCGGUGCUGUGGAAACUGAUGUGCGAGGCAUCUCUGGCGUCGAUCUGUUCGGAGCAUCUGAUGCUGUUGUCAAACACGUGCUCGAGGUAAGUCUGUUUUGAGUCUCUCUGUAAGACAUUGAUGACUAUUGAUGGUACUUUUGUUGUACUUCAGAAUUGCUAUAGGCAAAGAUCUUAUAUACCCUCUAAGGCAGGGGUGUCAAACUCAUUUUAGCUCAGGGGCCACAUGGAGGAAAAUCUAUUCCCAAGUGGGCCGGACCAGAAAAAUCAUGGUAUAUAUAACUUAAAAACAACAACUUCAGAUUGUUUUCUUUGUUUUAAUACGAUCAACAUACAACAUAAAGCUGGAGCCUGAGGACAGUGUGUCCAAAAUACUACAAGCACAACAUCACUAUUAAUCAUAAAACACGUCAAGUUUAUUUGAAAAUUCUAAAGAAAAAGAACACACAAACACACAAUGCCUCAGUGAUUAACAGAACUGUUUCACAGAUCACAGAACUAUAUCAGGGUGUCAUUUCUCAGGCAGAAAUGUAGAUAAAAAUAAUGAAAUCCUGUUCCCCAAACAAGUGCAAGAACCACAGAGUCAAGAAUAGGUUAAAUAUACAAAUAAAAUAAAAUCAAUUAAAAACAAUAGCACAUCAACAUAAAAACAUAUAAACAUAAAGCUGGAGCCUGAGGACAGUGUCCAAAAGCACAACAUCACUAUUAAUCAUAAAACACCUCAAGUUAUUUGAAAGUUCUGAGGACAAAGAACACACAAACACACAAUGCCUCAGUGAUUCACAGAAGUAUAUCACAGAUCACAGAACUAUAUCAGGGUGUCAUUUCUCAGGCAGAAAUGUAGAUAAAAAUAAUGAAAUCCUGUUCCCCAAACAAGUGCAAGAACCACAGAGUCAAGAAUAGGUUAAAUAUACAAAUAAAAUCAAUUAAAAACAAUAGCACAUCAACAUAAAAACAUAAACAUAAAUCUGAAAGCGUUGCUCAAACUCCCGUAACAGUCCCGUUAUUUUAUCUUUGAACCGCUUCAUGUUGGGUCGCGCACACAUUUUUCAGACAGGGGAAGUGAGCUGCAUCACCACCGGCAAGUUGCGUCUCCCACAAUGACAGCUUCAACUUGAAAGAACGUAUGCUGUCAUAAUACUGCGUGACAACUUUGUUGCGCCCUUGCAGCUGUUUGUUCAAGUUAUUCAGGUGCUCUGUAACAUCCACCAUAAAUGCAAGGUCCUGCAUCCAUUCUGCGGAAUGAAAUUCUAACACUGGUUUGCCCUCAUCAUACAGUAGAAGCCCUUUUCUUCCAUGAACUGUUCAAUUUCUUCUCGUAAAUCAAAGAAACGCCUCAGCACAGCACCUCGGCUUAACCAUCUUACCUCAGUGUGGUAUGGCAGGCCAUAGAUGUGGUCUUUCUCUCUGAGAAGGCUGUCAAACUGACAGUGAUUCAGGCUUCUGGAUCGGAUGAAAUUAACAGUUUGGAUGACCACCUUCAUGACGUUAUCCAUCUUUAAUGACUUGCAACACAAAGCCUCCUGGUGCAAAAUACAGUGAAAAGUCCAAAAAUCACGUCCUCCAUUUGCAGAUUGCACUUUCUCUCUGAACUUUGUCACAACGCCUGCUUUUUUCCCGAUCAUUGAGGGCGCACCAUCUGUAGCCAGGCUGACAGCGCGGGACCAGUCCACUCCGACCCUGUCCAGCGCGCCGACGAGUGCGGUAAAAAUAUCAGCUGCUGUCGUUGUAUCUGUCAUCGGCACCAACUCCACGAACUCCUCGGUGACGGUCAAUGUGUCAUCAACUCCGCGGAUGAAAAUGGCCAGUUGUGCAACAUCUGUAAUGUCCGUGCUUUCAUCAAUUGCAACCGAAAACGCAAUAAAUGACUUUACUUUUUGCUUCAACUGGCUGUCCAAAUCCACUGAAAGAUCGGAAAUCCUGUCUGCAACUGUUUCUUGUCAGGCUGAUAUUUGCAAAAGCCUGCCGCUUUUCAGGGCACACAAUCUUUGCUGCCUUCAUCAUGCAUGUUUUUACAAAUUCACCCUCACUAAAUGGUUUUGAAGCCACUGCGAUUUCAUUAGCAAUGAGGUAGCUAGCUUUCACUGCAGUCACUGAUGUCUCGGCUGUGAGUAAACACAGACUGCUGUUUCUUCAGACCCGCCAACAGUUCAUUCACCUUCUCUCAUCUCCGCUGUCCUUGAAAGUUGUCAUAUUUGUCGGCAUGAAGACUCACAUAGUGGCGACAAAGGUUAUAUUCUUUCAGCACUGCAACAUGCUCUGAACACACCAAACAUACAGCUUUCCCAUUCAAUUCCGUGAAUAAAUAGGAUGACCAUUUUUCUUGGAACACUCUGCACUCUGCGUCCACUUUUCUCUUUUUUGACAGAGACAUAUUGGGGCAAUGAGGGUGCCAAAGCACAUAAUGUUAAAAGUAGAAGCCGUAAUAAAUAUCGCGGGCAAAACAAAGUAGCUCAUUGGCUGCACGUGCUUGACCUACUUGCUCUGCCCCGGUAUAAACAGUUUGCUUGCUUAACACAAUUGCUAUUGCGCCAUCCAGUGGACGCAAUUGGAACAGCAGUUUAUUUAUUAUUCAGCGAUUUUUAUACUAACAAAAAGGAAAAGUUUUUUUUUUUUUUUUUUUUUUUCUCAAAUCACGGCCUUAGCCUGAAGACACUCUAAGGAGAAAGACGGGUGAGCACUGAGCAGAUCACUGAAAUUAAUAGUAAUGUUAUUGGUAGGCCCAGGAGUUUGUGCUGACUAAGAAAAAGUCUGGGCCACAUGGAUGGGCCCAGUUAUGAACCAUGUGCGUUUCCCUCUCCCUGCAGGGUCACGACCGUGGGGUCAACUGGGCCGCCUUCCAUCCCACCAUGCCCCUCAUCGUCUCAGGGGCCGACGACCGGCAGGUCAAGAUCUGGAGGAUGAACGGUGAGUAGAUGGGUCGUUCCACAAAAUUAGUUCCUUUUGCGUCCCUUUGAUAUUUUAGGUAGAAAUUGUGCACCAAUAUUGAAUAAAAAAUAGCCUGAUAUAUUUAAUGUAGUGCUCUUUACUAUAGACCACAUGGAAAAUUCAAUCAAUCUUGCAAUUCAAUAAAGUCAUUUUGACAUGUCCCUCUGUGCACCCCUUUAACUCACUUAACCCCAACAUUUCUCCCAAGUUUUCACCAUCAUUAACCCCGUAUCCAUCCAAAGUACAAAUAUUCUCGCUCUUAUCCAUAAUAAUCUCAUCAUGUAGACUAGCCUACCCGCACAGUAUCUGCGAGCUUUUGGCUAGCGCGCACAUGCCAAGACCAGAGUACUGUAGUCCUAUUUGCUAUUUAACGCAACAGUUGAAAAUGCGAUGGAAACAUUGAACUUUUGAAUUUUUAUUUGGUACAUGAAAACUUAAGCGAUAAAAAUAAAUGUGUGCACUACUUCAUCACCCACUGAUUUUUAUCCGCAAAAAGUCUGUUUGGUGAAAACACACCACUGGUGGGAAAAUGCGCAAAUUCUUUAUGCAGAUUCUAGAAUAUUUGCAGGAAACUCUGUCGCUAAUUGGAUGGAAACCUAGCUACUGUAAAGCCAGUUAUUUUGUUGCUUUAACAGUCAUUUCUGAACAUUAUUUAUUUCAUGUGAUUUAUAUUUUAAGGUAAAAAACAACAACCUGUCCCUCGUUUUAAGGUCAACCCUGUUACGUAACCUGAACUUUUGUUUUAAUAAGGUGAGACUAUUCCUUUUUAACAAUUGUUUUCAAAAGAAACAUUGAACAUCUUGUCAAAUCACACUGUAAAAUCAGGUGCGCUGAUUCUACUCUUUUUGGCUAUUUUCUGUUUUGUGGUGGAAACUGAGUGGGUCGAGCAUAACACGUCAACCCUGUUACCCAAAGAUAGAUGGGCUAGAAAUGUUUUAACAAUUUCAUUUUUUGUCCCUCACUGUUGCACACAAGAAGCGUCCAUUCGCCCUGUUACUUUAUUUGGCACUUAAUGGGCACUUACUAUAGUCAUUUUUUUUAUUUAACCUCGAUGACAGAAGGUUUGGGUAAUUUUUUUUACACUGCCCAAAAAGGGACUCAUUUCGUGGAACGACCCAGAUAAUGAAUUGUCUUCUAUGUACAUGUUUAUGAACUGUAGAAAAUGUUUUAAAUAAAGGUACAGUGCUAUUUAAAGAACAUGCUUGGUUGCUGAUUUUUCCUAGAUCCUAGCAACUUGAUUGUCUUACUUUCUCCCCCUCCCCAGAGUCCAAGGCGUGGGAGCUGGACACCUGCAGGGGCCACUACAACAACGUGUCCUGUGCUGUCUUCCACCCCCGCCAGGAGCUCAUCCUGUCCAACUCUGAGGACAAGAGCAUCCGUGUAUGGGACAUGUCCAAGAGGACCGGUGUCCAGACCUUCCGCAGGGACCACGACCGCUUCUGGGUGCUGGGGGCUCACCCCAACCUCAAUCUAUUUGCUGCUGGUAAGUGACUUACACAUAAUGAUAGCAAUGAAUUGAAUUGUUAUGGGGCUUUUUAAUGUGCUCAAAGUAGAUUACAUUGUAAGGCGGGUGGAGGUGGUAGUGUAGAUACUUGUAAAGGCGGGUGGAGGUGGUAGUCUUGACUCUUGACCCACCUCAUAUGCAGAUAGGCACACAUACUGAAUAUUGCUGCACUUUAUUUCACUGUCUUUCAGUGACAGUGUGUUGUUGAAGACAUUUAUUAAUUAAAGCGGAGUGUAUAACCAGGCUGUUUGUCCUCCAGGUCAUGACAGCGGUAUGCUGGUGUUUAAGCUGGAGCGUGAGCGUCCGGCCUAUGCUGUGUACGGCAACAUGCUCUACUACGUCAAGGAACGCUUCCUGCGCCAGCUCGACUUUAACAGCAGCAAGGACACUGCUGUCAUGCAGCUGCGCAGGUGUGUGUUUGCGUAUACAUGCUCAUAUAAUACUGCGACGUCUGUAUUGUCCUUUCUCUGAAUUCUGAAGGAUGAGACUGAGUGACUGCUUGCGAUUUUGUAAAAGAAUGCGGGAGGUCAGCUGGUUUUGUCAUUAUGUGGAUUCUAACCACCGUUCUGUUUUUCUACUAGUGGGUCAAAGUUCCCAGUGUUCAGCAUGUCUUACAACCCCGCAGAGAAUGCUGUCCUGCUCUGCACUGUGAGUCUCGCCCUUAAAAAAAAAAAACGUGCAUGCACAUAAUAGGUUAUACAGUACAUACACACACUCAUAAUUUAGACACAGUUUCUUUAGUUGUUGAAAAUUUAAUGCCGUGUCUCUUGCUUGCUCGUGCAGAGGGCAACCAACCUGGAGAACAGCACCUAUGACCUGUACUCCAUUCCCAAAGAGAGCGACUCUCAGAACCCAGAUGGUAAAACUGCACCUUUAUUCUCUCUUAUAGCAAGACAGCAUCUGUGAAAUGUGAAUGUAAUUCCAGUUUCACAUCCUGCUUUUUAGAUGAUGAAAAUCCACUAAACCCAUGUUCAUUCUUUCUCCCCCUCAUGCAGCUCCUGAGGGGAAGAGGUCCUCUGGUCUGACCGCAGUCUGGGUCGCAAGGAACAGGUUUGCUGUUCUGGACCGCAUGCAUUCUGUAAGUGUGUGUGUGCACAUUAUUAAAUAGGUUGUAUUUUCUGGACCAAUGGCUGUAGUUAAGUAUGGUUAUUGUACAGUUGAGUGGUCCGAGGAUGACUAAAAUAAUUGUUGUACCCUGCUCUCCCUCCAGCUGCUGAUCAAGAACCUGAAGAAUGAGAUUGUGAAAAAGGUGCAGGUGCCCAGCUGUGAGGAGAUCUUCUACGCCGGGACAGGCUCCCUGCUGCUGCGCGACGCAGACGGGGUCACCCUCUUUGACGUGCAGCAGAAACGCUCUCUGGCCACCGUGAAGAUCGCCAAGGUCAAGUAUGUGGUGUGGAGCGCUGACACCAGCCACGUGGCCUUGCUGGCUAAACACGGUAUGUACUGUACUCACUCAGAACCAUAUCAGGAUCUUAUCUGUCCAAUACUUUCUCUCCAGCUUUGCUGCCAAGAUUUUGGGCCCUCUUGCUGUUUUUUAAACUUAUCACGAUUCACUCUCUAUAGCUGUUGUCAACAACCUAUCCUAGAUUUACACCCUUUUUAGCUGUUCACUCGCUCUCUAGUACCCCAGAUUUACCUGGUAUUAAAUCUGUUGAUAAAUCUCUGCUUUCCUCUACAGCCAUUAUGAUCUGCAACAGGAAGCUGGAGAGUCUGUGCAACAUCCAUGAGAACAUCCGUGUGAAGAGUGGAGCCUGGGACGAGAGUGGAGUCUUCAUUUACACCACAUCUAACCACAUCAAAUACGCCCUCACCUCAGGGUAAUGCACAAGACACCACUAAUGCACACUUUAUUCAGAGUAUAUUCAAAGUACAGUAUAUUGAUUCAUUCACUUCCUAGUCCUUCAUCAAUUUGUGAACAUACUGGAAAAUGAAAGCUGUUUACUCCUUCGGUGAUGCAUUUGAUAGACGAGAGGUGUAUCCAACUUUUCUAAUCACACUCUACUCUGUCUGUAGUGAUCAUGGUAUCAUCCGGACUCUGGACCUGCCCAUCUACGUGACCCGGGUCAGAGGCAACAGCGUCUACUGUCUGGACCGUGAGUGCAGACCCCGUGUGCUGACCAUCGACCCCACGGAGUACCGCUUCAAACUGGCCCUGGUCAACCGCAAAUAUGAAGAGGUGAGGACGAUGUAAUUAGAUGCUCCUAUCUCUUAGUUAACAUGCUUAUCUCUUUUUUUUUUCUUUUAGACUGACUUUGUGACCCCUGACCUUUGUCUCCUCCAGGUGCUGCACAUGGUGCGUAACGCCAAGCUGGUUGGCCAGUCCAUUAUCGCAUACCUGCAGAAGAAGGGUUACCCUGAGGUGGCGCUGCACUUCGUCAAGGAUGAGAAGACCCGCUUCAGUCUGGCUCUGGAGUGUGGCAACAUUGAAGUGAGUUUGAGACCCCAGGUUUCAUUCUGAAUCUCUUGAGAUCGUCUGUGUGAAACACUGUGUGAUGUAAUUUUUCCUCCAUGUCUAUAGGUGGCGUUGGAGGCUGCCAAGGCUCUGGAUGAGCGGGGCUGCUGGGAACGGCUAGGCGAGGCGGCGCUGCUUCAGGGUCACCACCAGGUCGUGGAGAUGUGCUACCAGAGGACCAAGAACUUCGACAAGCUCACCUUCCUCUACCUCAUCACCGGCAACCUGGCCAAGCUCCGCAAGAUGAUGAAGAUCGGUGAGAGAGACGCCAUUCUUUUAUUUUUGUCUUUUGUUUGACUGACGGUAUGUCUGUUUGUCAGAGUUGUGUGACUAACGUCUGUGUUGUGUUGCAGCUGAGAUCAGGAAGGACAUGAGUGGACACUACCAGGGUGCUCUGUAUCUGGGGGAUGUCAGCGAGAGAGUCCGCAUCCUGAAGAACUGUGGCCAGAGUAAGUCCCCUUUAAUUCUCUCUCACACACACACACACACACACACACACAAUAUCUCUAUCCCACUCCCUCGACAUUUAACACAAGACUCUUGUUUCUGGUGCUUUUGGUCUAAACUGCUUCUCUGUAACUCCGACCUCUGUGUGGCUGUCUUCCAUAUGUAGAGUCACUGGCAUAUCUGACUGCUGCCACCCACGGGAUGGACGAAGAGGCAGAAGCCCUGAAAGAGACCUUUGACCCAGAGAAGGAGACUGUCCCUGAGGUAGACCUCAAUGCCCAGCUGCUGCAGCCACCUCCUCCUAUCAACCCCCUGGAUACCAACUGGCCCCUGCUCACUGUGUCCAAGGGCUUCUUCGAGGGAGCCAUUGCAGCCAAAGGUGAGUCCCCAGCCCUGACACUCCAUGCACUAAUUUGAGUUUAGAGGUAAUGUAAUGGCGUGUAUUGAGUUUAAAAUGUUUUAACGUUAAUGUUGGAGUGAGAAGUGGUCAGAGUAUUUGUUGUGUAGAGAUGUUAAAUGUGUUUGUGUGUGUGAUGCAGGGAAGGCUGGUCAGAUGGCUGCAGACAUGGAUGUUGAUGCCCCAGGAGGAGAGGGCUGGGGAGAUGACGCAGAGCUUCAGCUGGAGGAGGGUGAGUCAGUCCCUCUUCAAAUACCCUGAAAGUAGAGACAAAACAUCUCAGAUGGACCCUGUCUCUUACUCCAUCUCUUCUUAUGUUCCUCUCAUUUCUCUCCUCUGUUUCCAUCAGAUGGCUUCAUGGAUGCCCAGGAUGGAUUAGGAGAGGAAGGAGGUGCAGCGAAGGAGGAAGGAGGAGGCUGGGAGGUAGAGGAAGAUCUGGACCUUCCUCCAGAGCUGGUGAGAUUAUUCGCUCUUCUUUGACAUCAGUUCUCUUGACAAUUUUGCUUAAGGAAUGCAAAUCAUAGCAGGACUGAUGACAUGUCAGUUUGAGAAUGUUGUUUAUUUUCUCUACCACUAGGAGUUGUCAGCUGGUGCUGGAGGAGGGGUUGAAGAUGGUUUCUUUGUCCCGCCCACUAAGGGCAUGAGCCCCACCCAGCUGUGGUGCAACAACUCCCAGCUCCCUGUGGACCACGUCCUGGCUGGCUCCUUUGAGACUGCCAUGAGGGUAAGCUCACACACUUACACACACACACACACAUUUUAUACAGGUUUAUACUUUAUACUAAAGUCUCUCUCUUCCUCUACUUUUCAGUUGCUCCAUGACCAGGUUGGGGUGGUGCAGUUCGGGCCCUAUAAGCAGCUGUUCAUGCAGACUCUGUCCCGCGGGCGGACCUGCUACCUGGGCCUGCCGUCUCUACCCUGCCUGCGUGGCAACCCCCAGAGGAACUGGAAGGACUGUGGGGCCAAGCAGGGGCUGCCUGCCGUGGGUCUUCGUCUCUCUGACCUCAUCGCCCGCCUGCAGCAGUGCUACCAGCUCACCACCGCCGGCCGCUUCGAGGAAGCCGUGGAACGCUUCCGCGCCAUCCUGCUGUCUGUGCCACUGCUGGUGGUCGACAACAAGCAGGAGAUCGCAGAGGUACGCAGACUUGUUUAGAGUGAAAUGAUUUCAUUGUGGUCAAUGUUAUUUACUGAGGUUAAUCAAGUGUGGGCCGGAUGGUAGUUGGUGGUGAUUACCUGAUUGACGUUACUGUCUCUCUUAGGCUCAGCAGUUGAUCACAAUCUGCAGAGAAUACAUUGUUGGCCUCACCAUGGAAACAGAAAGGAAGAAAUUGCCUAAAGACACAUUGGACCAGCAGAAGAGACUGUGUGAGGUAUUGUCAUUGUGUUUAUCACUACUUCCAAUCACUCAAUAUCCCUAAUCAUAAGAGCUUACUACCCUGUAGUCUUCUUUUAAUGAUUGUAUUUGUUUGUUUGAUAUUUUCAGAUGGCAGCUUACUUCACCCACUGCAGUCUCCAGCCAGUCCACAUGGUCCUGGUCUUACGCACGGCACUAAAUCUGUUCUUCAAACUGAAGAACUUCAAGACAGCCGCAAGUUUUGCCCGUCGCUUGCUUGAACUAGGGCCCAAACCAGAGGUUGCACAGCAGGUAACAAUCUGACUGUUUGUCUGUAUGUACAGUGCAUUCCUAAAGUAUUCAGACCUCUUGACUUUUUCCACAUUUUAUUACGUUACAGCCUUAUUCUAAAAUGUAUUAAAUAAUAUAUUUUCCUCAUUAAUCUACACACAAUACCCCAUAAUGACAAAUCGAAAACAGGAUUUUGAAAUUUUAAGCAAAUGUAUUAAAUUUUUUUUUAAACGACCUUAUUUACAUAGGUAUUCAGACCCUUGGCUAUGAGACUUGAAAUUGAGUUCAGGUGCAUCCUGUUUCCAUUGAUCAUCCUUGAUGUUCCUACAACUUGAUUGGAGUCCACCUGUGGUAAAUUCAAUUGAUUGGACAUGAUUUGGAAAGGCACACCUGUCUCUAUAUAAGGUCCCACAGUUGAGUGCAUGUCAGAGAAAAACCAAGCCAUGAGGUUGAAGGAAUUGUCCGUAGAGCUCCGAGACAGGAUUGUGUCGAGGCACAGAUCUGGGGAAGGGUACCCCAAAAAAUUCUGCAGCAUUGAAGGUCCCCAAGAACACAGUGACCUCCAUCAUUCUUAAAUGUAAGAAGUUUGGAACCACCAAGACUCUUCCUAGAGCUGGUCGCCCGGCCAAACUGAGCAAUCAGGGGAGAAGGGCCUUGAUCAGGGAGGUGACCAAGAACCCGAUGGUCACUCUGACGGAGCUCCAGAGUUCCUCUGUGGAGAUGGGAAAACCUUCCAGAUGGACAGCCAUCACUGCAGCACUCCACCAAUCAGACCUUUUUAUGGUAGAGUGGCCAGACGGCAGCCACUCCUCAGUAAAAGGCACGACAGCCCGUUUGGAGUUUGCCGAAAGGCACCUAAAGGACUCGCAGACCAUGAGAAACAAGAUUCUCUGGUCUGAUGAAACCAAGAUUGAACUCUUUGGCCUGAAUGCCAAGCGUCACGUCUGAAGGAAACCUGGCACCAUCCCUACAGUGAAGCAUGGCGGAGGCAGCAUCAUGCUGUGGGGAUGUUUGUCAGCGGCAGGGACUGGGAGACUAGUCAGGAUCGAGGGAAAGACGAACAGAGCAAAGUACAGAGAUCCUUGAUGAAAACCUGCUCCAGAGCGCUCAGGAUCUCAGACUGGGGUGAAGGUUCACCUUCCAACAGGACAACGACCCUAAGCACACAGCCAAGACAACGCAGGAGUGGCUUCGGGACAAGUCUCUGAAUGUCCUUGAGUGGCCCAGCCACAGCCUGGACUUGAACCCUGGAGAGACCUGAAAAUAGCUGUGCAGCGACGCUCCCCAUACAACCUGACAGAGCUUGAGAGGAUCUGCAGAGAAGAAUGGGAGAAACUCCCCAAAUACAGGUGUGCCAAGCUUGUAGCGUCAUACCCAAGAAGGCAAGGCUGUAAUCGCUGACAAAGGUGCUUAAACAAAUACUGAGUAAAGGGUCUGAUGAAUACUUAUGUAAAUGUGAGAUUUCAAUUUUUUUAUAUUUAAUACAUUUGCGAAAAUGUAUAACCUGUUUUUGCUUUGUCAUUAUGGGGUAUUGGUGUAGAUUGAGGGGGGGAAAAAACAAUUUAAUCAAUUUUAGAAUAAGGCUGUAAUGAAACAAUGUGAAAAAAGUCAAGGGGUCUGAAUACUUUCCGAAUGCACUUUACAUUUAAUUAUUUCCAUAUCACUUUUUUACCAUCUCUAUUGCUGUCUUUUAGACACGCAAGAUCUUGGCAGCAUGCGAGAAGACGCUGACAGAUGCUCACCAGCUGAACUACGACCCCCACAAUCCAUUUGACCUGUGCGCUGCCUCCUACACGCCCCUGUACCGUGGACGCCCCGUAGAGAAGUGCCCUCUGUCUGGAGCCUGCUACUGCCCCCCCUACAAAGGCCAGGUCUGCAGGGUCACACAGGUCAGUCAAGAGAACUGCCCUACUGUGUUAUGUACAGAAAGACCCUCUAUUUAGAAGUGUGCCGCUUUGGUGUAAAUGUUGUAUUAAUUGCUUUGUAACUGGUGAGUCUUAACAGAUUUUAGACAUCCUCUCCCCAGUGAUAUCUGACCUUUAACCUUAUUUCCAAGGUGACGGAGAUCGGAAAGGAUGUGAUUGGUCUGCGUGUCAGCCCCCUGCAGUUCCGUUAGAGGACACGAAGAGGACCAGGAAUGGGGAAGAACGGCAUUGAUCCGUUCAGUGAAACACAUACACACUUUAUUCUAUAUAUACAGUUUCUUUCUCACUAGGGUUGAGGAGAGAGAACGCUUGAUAGGAUGACAUGCGAUUUAUUGGUGAGAGAAUUAUCUUGAUGUUAAGCCUUUUUAUUUUUCAGACUGACUGCUUUACCUUUCCUGUGAUGCUGUACUUGAGUGCCAUGUUCUCUGCUCCAGCG